CAGUACAGGUCCAAAGUUUGAACAAGUAUUUCUAGGAGAAAAAACAUUGCGUAAUAAACCGGGACAGAAGGAUGACUGCCUGCCUUCCACGGUGGCAGAGCUGCCUGUGCCUCAGCCCCGCUCCUGCGCACUAGUUCCGAGGGGGCGGUGGCGGAGCUCGGUGACAUGGCGACCAGCGGAGCGGAGGAGCGGGGCGGUUUGGAAGCUGCCGUGCGGGGUGGUCUGCCGCUCCCGGGUGCCGCUGAGGAGCUGGACCCCCUGCAGGCGCUGCCGAUCGAUGUGCAGCUGAAUAUCAUGUCCUUCCUCUCAGCCCAAGAUGUGUGCCGUUUGGGAAGCACGAGUUGUUACUGGAGGGCAGCUGUGCAAGAUCCGUUGUUGUGGAGGUAUUUUCUCCUGAGGGAUCUCCCUUUUUGGACAUCUGUUGAUUGGAAAUCACUCCCAGAUGUGGAGAUUUUUAAUAAAGCCUUUUCAGAGGUCAGCGAUAAUGCACUGCACAAUUACAUGGCAGUAUAUAAGAAAAGCUGUCCUCAGGGUAGAAGAAGUUUGAAAUCAAGCCGUCCCCGUUAUGGGGCUGUGACUUCCUUUUUGCAAUCGCUGGUCACUCAGGCAGAACCUCGCUUUGCCAUGUUUGGACCGGGUUUGGAAGAGCUGGACAACUCUCUAGUGCAAAAGAUGAUGACAUGCCCAGAGAUUUUACUAGUAACUGGCCUUCCCCAGAGACAAAUUCACGGAAUUGGAUCAGGAAUCAGUUUUCAGUUUAAUAACAAUCAAAAAUUUAAUAUCCUGACAUUGUAUUCAACCACCAGUGUGGAAAGGAGAAGAGCAAGGGCAGAGCAAGCUGUUGCUGUGAAUAGAAUGUUCUACCUGGAGAACAGCACAGUAGGGAAUCAGCAAGCCGUGCAUUACAAUGUAAUACCCCAAGUUAAAAAGGUGUGCGAAGUAGUUGAUGGAUUCAUUUAUGUUGCUAAUGCAGAAGCUCAUAAAAAGCAUGACCGUCAAGAGGACCUGGCUCGCAUUUUGGCAAUGACUGAUCCAAGCCUUGGGCCCCCAAAUAGACCUCUGCUAGUUUUGUCUUGUGUCUCUCAUGUUGGUGUGAAAAGAAUUCCAUGUGUAUACAUGGCACAUCAGUUGCAACUAAAUCUGCUACAUCAGCCCUGGAUGAUGCAGGACACUGUAGCUGCAACAUUAGCUGGAUUGCCAAGUGGAAUUGAAUGGCUCCUGGAAGAAGCAGACUGUAAAAAUGCACAGUAAUGGAACUGUGCGUUGUUUUGCUGUAUAGAGACUUUGAUGUUUUGGAGUUCAGAUGAAGUGAGAAUCUUGUUCUGACUCGGUACUGUCAAAAGAGUGAUUUAAAAGACAAACCUGCAUAUAUUUCACUGCACGUACUCUAAUAAAUAACAUUCUUCCAACUGUAGUCCUGCAUUAGAAGUACAAAGCCUGAACAAUAAGUGAUUUUGGGUGGCGAUUUGGAUGGUUUCGUGUUUUGUUUUGUUUUUCUCUUUCUUUCAAGCUGGGGCCAUUAGAGUGUAAACUUUUCUAAAUAUAUCUGAUAAUCUAAUAUCUUCUGUAAAUAUACCUAACACUAGGUUAUUUUGUCAGCACAGCCCUGUGGCAUGCAUCACACAUUUAGUAAAUAUAUUCAGUGGGGAUCUUGACAGUGGUGGUUCCCAACUAAAGAAAAUAUACUGUACAUUGUGCAGGAGUAGGCAGACAGAAAGACAGUGUCUCUUUCAAGAGCACAAAUUCCCCUGUGUUUUUCCAGAAACAAUGCCUGGAGAAGAACUAACACUUGCAAGAGAAUUGCCAACCUAGACCAGAACUAUUAGGAGCAAACAAACUACCAUGAAUGAAUUGGUUGUUUCUUGUAUGUGAUCUUAUUUUUUAACCAACCACAAAAGACUUCCAGCAUGUUUUGCUUUCUAUUGCAGUGAAGGUGUUAGCUUGAGCUGGACAUAGCUUUGAUGUCAUGAACACAAUAAGUAGAACUUCAUGACAUUUAUCAGAUACCGAAUACCUGCCAGUUACUCAAAUAGUUCUGGCCAUUUACAGAUGUGAAGUGUACUUCGCUUGGAAUUUUCUACAGAGUUGCAAAUAUUUUUAUGAAACAGGAAACAAUGUUUUAGAACUGGAAUUGCAUUUGCCGGAUUGUUGUCUUUUGGGGUAGUCCUAGUCUUCCACCUUUAAAGUGUUUUUUAAUUAAUGGAUGAAUGUUCAGAAAUUUACCUUGUUUUUCUUGCCUAUUCAUGUAUCUUUUUUGUUCUGGGUUGUUGUUGUGUUUGGGUUUUUUUGGGGGGCGUGGGGGGCGGUGGAGGGAUUUUUGGUGGGUGUUUGGGGUUCUUGUUUGUUUAUUUGGGUGUUGGUUUUUUUUGGUGUUUCUUUGUGUGUUUAUGGUGAUUUUUUGGUUGGUUGGUUGGUUUUUUGUGGUGGUGGUUGUGUCUUUUUCCUCUCUCCAGGGAAAUGCAAUAGUGUUACAAUUUUUUCUACAUGAUGCACAUUGAGCUGUAACUGCUCUCAACCUGAUAUAUGUGUGAUGCUCAACAAAGCUAUGUCAGAAACAUUCCAUUUGAGAAGGGGAAAAUCCACCAAAAGCUAUGCUAGGAUAAUUCUGUGGUUUAUCCUAGUUUUAAUACGGAAUGUGUACUUUGCCCUUUAAAAUAGAGAAGGCACAAAAGAUUUAUGAGUGUUUGGAGGAAAAUUUCACGUUUCGUGACUGUGUGUAACUUAAUAAUUCCGUAAUGAUCUAGAGGGCUAAAUGCAGAAACCUGUUGCUAUGUUAGCAACUACAAAUACAUUUGUUUAUGGAAGAUCCUCAUUCUGCUUUCUUCAUAAGGAAUAAAUUAUUUAAAAAAUAA